AUGGAAUUCAUGUGGCUGUACUCCCUGUGCCAGUGCAUCCUAUCUGUAUUUGUAAUUGUGGUGAGCGUGAGGUUAUGCAUGGCGGUCAGUGGCAGCAGUACAGUGGCUGACAUCCAGGAGAGAAUCCAGGGUGCAGGGCCCCAACUACGGAGUGUCACUUGUUGUCUGCGGCUGUGCCUGGGUUGGGUGGGGGCUGUAGGGGGUGCAGUCGCGGUUCCUGUGACCGUGCUACUCAACCUGCGAACGCCCCAGUGUCUGUACACCUGCAUAACCUUGGUGUGCUGCCCCCUGCUGGUCAGGCAGUUUACCAUGUUCCUGUUGAUGCUGCUUACACUGGACAGCCACCUGCAGCAUCACUUGGCAGACAGGUACUCCUCAGUGAUGACCCGUCAACGAGCUCUGUGUGUGGUUCUGCUGUGCUGGGUGGGCUCUGUUCUGUCCUCCUUCGCCCAGUUCAUCAGCUCGGACGUCCUCGACACCUGGAGACGUGGUGGGACUGGUCCGGGCACAGCUGGGCUUGGGCUGCCUGGCAACUGGACAACCUCUUUACCCCAUCUUACCCCUUCCCCUAAGUACCACCAUGACCGCAAGAUCAUUGGAAAGUACCUUCCAUACGGAGGAUUCCUGUCAAAGUUUUAUGUGGAAGACAUGCACAACUUCACCUACGCUGAGAUUCACAGCAGCCACUGGGGAGUGUGCGCCCCUGACAACAUUCUCAGUCCCCAGUUCCUAGUCUAUGUCCAUGGCAUGACGGUGUUCUUGCUCCCCUUGCUUUGCCUGCUGGCCAUUUACCUCGAUUUGCUAUGCAUCAAGCCCAGGAAGACUCCUUUUAGUCAUACAGAUCCCCUGAAUAAGGACUCCUGCCGGGUCCGUUCUCUGUCUCUGUCCCUCUCCCUCUUAGUUGUGCUGUGCCUGCCGCUCCAUAUUAUCCAUGCUCUCUUGCUUUUCACCCCCAGUACCAAUCUUCCUGCCUGGGCUCAUGCUGUUGCCGUGUUCCUCUUCCAGCUGUACAGCCUCGUGCCCCCGAUCCUCUUCACUCCUUCUAAGAAAAAAGUUGGGGAAGAACGAGCAUCCUUUCCUCUUUCUGUUCCCCACAUUCCACCUGCAGUAACCCCAUCCAGAGGAAAAUCUGUCCGUAUGGCCCUGUGUGAGGCAGUGCAGGCAGCUCCAUGGGCUUCAGCCAAACACUCCCUUAAAGCCAAAGUGUGCCCAGAGGUCUGACUUCUUGACCAAAUGGAAUCUGGAAAAAAUGAAUCUGAGCUGUUCACCGAAAAUUUGUCAUUAUCUUCAAGCAGUAUGGCAUAUUUUCUUUAAACAAUGUUCCUUCCAUUUUUGUGUGUAUAAGUAAAAUCUAGUUUUUGAAACAAACAGCUUAUGGCCCAAAGAAAAAUAAAUACAGCACAUUCCUGUUUGUUGUUGGCUUUUUAACGAAUCAGCAACCUUGUUCACAGGCAUUAUGAAUAACUCGCAAAUGAAAAGGCCAGUUAAUUAUCAGGUCCCACACCAAAUGUCAGUGAGAAAAUUAAGUCUCCAGCUGUUGACUGCUAUACUGAUCACAGAUGUCUGUUUUCUUUGACUGCUCUUCCUAUGGGUCUUAUUCUAAGCCUGUUUUAAGUGUCUACUAAGCCAACCACCAGUGAUGUAGAUAUAUGAGUGACAGCAUUUAAUUAAACAUUCAGU